GACCGCCUCGCGACUCGGGCCGCCGCGCGCGCACACACGCGCACACACACACAUCCACACACAUCGGCCCAGCUCCCGAGGGCACCAGCGCGGCCCCGGGAAGCGCGAGGAGCCGGCGAGCGCGCGGCCUGCCGUUGGCCGCCUGGUCCGCCGCGCUCGGCGCCCACCCGCCCUGGAGGUGGGGUCCUUGCCUCCGGGAAGAUGGUGUCCUGGAUGAUCUCCCGAGCCGUGGUGUUGGUGUUUGGAAUGCUGUAUCCUGCAUAUUAUUCAUACAAAGCUGUGAAAUCAAAAAAUGUGAAGGAAUAUGUUCGAUGGAUGAUGUACUGGAUUGUUUUUGCUCUAUACACUGUGAUUGAAACAGUAGCAGAUCAGACAGUUGCUUGGUUCCCCCUGUACUAUGAACUUAAGAUUGCUUUUGUCAUAUGGCUGCUCUCUCCCUAUACCAAAGGAGCAAGUUUAAUAUAUAGAAAAUUCCUUCAUCCACUUCUUUCUUCAAAGGAAAGGGAGAUUGAUGAUUAUAUUGUACAAGCAAAGGAACGAGGCUAUGAGACGAUGGUAAACUUUGGACGGCAAGGUUUAAACUUGGCAGCUACUGCUGCAGUUACUGCAGCAGUGAAGAGCCAAGGAGCGAUCACCGAACGACUGCGGAGUUUCAGCAUGCACGACCUGACCGCCAUCCCAGGGGAGGAGCACGUGAGGCAGAGACCAUUCCAGCCUCCACCAGAAACAAAAAAGAGAAGUAAAGCAGCCUCCAGUGAGUCGGCAGGUUAUGGAAUUCCACUGAAAGACGGAGAUGAGAAAACAGAUGAAGAAGCGGAUGGGCCCUUUUCAGAUGAUGAGAUGUUAACACACAAAGGGCUUCGAAGAUCACAAAGCAUGAAAUCUGUGAAAACCAUGAAAGUCCGCAAAGAGGUGCGGUAUGGGUCACUAAAAUAUAAAGUGAAGAAGAGACCACAGGUGUAUUUUUAGUCAUGUGCGCUUCAAGUAUCCCAAGACAAAUUAUGCUAAUGCAUCAACUUUUUUCCCUAACAUUAUGUUCAGGAUUUACACAUUAAAGUAAUCCUUUAGAUUGUGGCGGUGGUAGGGUUUACUUUUGUUAAUUUAAAUAAUUUUUAUUUCUUUAACAAUUACCUUCAAAUGUUGACUACUAAAGGUAGUUAUGAAAUAUAUAUAUCAGAAAGCAUAGAAAAUUGUGUUAAUCUGUUUUCAAAUUCAUCAACAACAUCAAGUGCCUGGGAUAUAAGAGGAAACACAAACCCAGUACACUUGAAAAGAGUCAUUUUAUGGUUCAGGAUCCAUCGGCCUUUGUGGUAUUGUAUUGUUUACCUCCAUUUAUGUUAUAGCUAUCACAUGAGGAUAGUCAUUAAAUAGGCCUCUGAUCCAGCAGUGAUAGCACAAGGGCAUAAUGUGAGAUAAAGUAUGUUUUAUAUAUUCUUUACAAUUUUUACUUUUUUAAAACACUUUAUAGUUUUUCCACCAUCAACUGAAAGUUUUCAAAAACAAAUAUUUGAAAACCAGGUAUCCACAUAGCACUUUUAUUCCUGACUAGUUUUGCACACUUGAAAAUUGUUUACUUUUUUUAUGACUGUACAUUUUAAGUUUUACUGACACUAUUACUUGUUGGAUUCUGUUAUGUCAAAUUUAUGCCUUAAAUGAUGUCAUCUUUUUUCCUGUGGGUUUCAUUUGUUAAAUUUGCUUGAUUUUAUUAGUAGAAAACUAUAACUAAUUGUUCUUAUCUCAUUUACAGAUAAGAAAUUAUCUUAAUUAUUAGUUUUCUGUUUUUAGCUGUACAUUGUAGUUGAACUCAGCAUGUUUUUUUAUUAACACUGGUUACAUUCUCAGAUUUUAAAAGUAGUAACUUUUAUGAAAUAGAGUCAGAGACCAGUAUAGCACUUAGGUUUCUUCUAACUAAUGAAAAUAUCUAGCCAAUCCAUUCACAAUCUUGGCACUUCUAUGUGCUUCUGAUUAAUAAAUCUGGCAUUAUCUAGAAUCACUUGAAUCACUUCUUUUCUGGCUGAUAUAGUUUCCUGAAGAUAGUUGCCAAUGCAAAAUAUAGAUGUCAUUAAUCUCGUGUAUUAGAAUAGAUAUUAGAAAAUAUCAUUUUUUUAAUCCAAGCUAUUUUUGAGUUACUGGACUGUGAGGCAUUUUUAGCUUGCAUUCAUAGCUAUGCAUUAUGAACUCUAAGUCAGUAUAUUUCUGGUGAUGGUUUUAGUGAUCAGUAAUGAAAUUUGUACAAUUAUACUUGUUCAGGUAAUUUACUUGACGAUUCUACUUGUUUGUCCAAAAGAAAAAAACAAAGAGAUUUGUAAGAUCUUUGACUUUUCUACCUUUUAAGAAAUGAAGCCAGCUGGACAGUGUAUAUUCAGGACCUCCUCAGAGUGUUGGCAGAGAACGGAAUGUUUACUCAGGAGUACCUUAGUAUAAUUCAGACACUUCUCUUGAUACAAGUCUUAAAAUAUUUUCUAGCCCACUGGUGUGGCUCAGUGGUUGAGUGUUGACCCAUGAACUAGGAGGUCAUCAUUGAUGUUUCUAUCUCUCUCUUUCCCUCUCCCUUCCUCUCUCUGAAAUCAAUAAAAACAUGUUUUUAAAAAUAUAUAUUAAAAUAUGCAUUUUUUCUAGAUUAUCUCACUUUCUUGAUACAUAACACCAAGUAAAAAUUCAUUCAACGUCUUUUCUCCUAAAGUUUAUUUCUAUGAGUAUUUUCAUCUACUUUACCUUGACUAAUUUUUUGCCUCUUAGUUUCUGGAAAAACUUUAAUUUGUGUUCAAAAUUCCUAUGAAUUCUGAUGAAAACUCUUGAAAGAGAGUUGUAUUUAUAUUUGCAGAGUCCUAGACUUAUCAAUAUAAAUGCUACACCUUGCUUUCAUGUGCAAAGGUAGUGUCAUCUCAAAUUAUCUGACAAGGUCAUGUAAAGGACACUGUAUCAAAAAUAUUAUUUAUUGGGGCUGAUUUGUACCCUUUUAUCAUUUUCAAAUAUAAUUUCACUAUUUUACCUAUUCUUUAAUCAUGGUAAAUUCAUACUUUUCUAAACUGGAGGAAUUAUGUAUCCCUUUACUCUUCUAGAAUCAAAACGUUUAAUCAAAGACAACACCAGUUUCAAAGAGGUAAUGUAAGUCCUUCUGUUUAAUUGUCUCUCUUCACACUUACAAUGCUUCCUCUGGUGUAUUUCUACUGUACUGGUACGUCCUUAUAUACAGUGAUGUAAUUUUGCUGUCCUGUCAUUUCCUUCCUCUCCUUUUCUUAAAUUUUGCUUCUUUUCACCUUUUUUUUUUUUUAAGAGAGUAGAAGGGUGAGAGGAGGAGAGAGAGAACAAAACAUCAAUUUGAGAGAGACACAUGGAUUGGUUGCCUCCCGCACACAAAGGAACAAACCUACAACCCAGGUACAUAUGCCCUUGGUCGGGAAUCAAACCCUCCACCUUUCUGUGCUUGGGCCAACACUCUACCGCUGAGCCACACCGGCCAGGGCGCUUCUUUUCUCUUACGUGUUUUAGCAUGCCCUUUCCUUUAAACCUUGUAUAAUAAGCUUCUACAUUUUAGUUUCUUUCAAGGUUGAGCAGGACACUUUUGUUUCUCUGCUUUUAAGUCCACUGCUUUUAGAAGAGGUAAAUUUAUCCCUGGACCACAGUGCCCUGCUUCCCCACCACUACCACCUGGUGUGAAUGGGCAUCACAUGCUGCACAAGCCUAUUUAGGGCACUAUUUUGGUAGCUGUUAACGUUUAUCCAGAAAUUGUAGCCAUUUUAUCAUAUAUGCAUUCAACUUGUUCAUUAAUAUUAACUAUUUCCAGAGUUUGUUUGGAAGUAAGAAUUGAUCUGUUCUUUAGUUUAUUGUAUUUUUUCUGGUAUAAAAAAUGAGCCAGAAAUAAGCCUACUUGCUAAGUAAUUAUAUAAACCUGCCUAUAACCUGCAUAAGAUUUUCUCCACACACUUCACUAUAUGUAUGUGGAUUUGGCUAGAAAAUGAUACUGCCAGCAUUACUAAUUAUGAAUACUUGACUACACAGAUUGAUGGAACAAAAUUAUUAAAGUGUUUUCAGGGAACUUAAUCCAUAUGUCACCACCAAAGAUUUCUACAGUGUUAUAAAGGAUGUAAAUAUUCUAAAUUUCUGUAAGACAGUGGUUAGACAAAUACACUUUUCUUCCUUUUGUUUUCUUUUGAAAUAACAGUUUAUGCUUCUGGAAUGCUUGAACUUUUGUGUUAUUCAAAAUAAUACAAUACCAUCUUACCUUUAAUAUCAACAAUCUGUGUGUUUAAUUGUAAUAGACUAAAUUUUUAUUUUGAUUUUAUCAGGAGAAUUAAGGAGUCAAUAUGUAUUAGAAAGCAAUUUCCUGUUUUCUCUCAUAUGGGCUGAUUGACUUGCAAGCUAAGUAAUUAGUUAAUUAGUAAUUAAUAAGUAAUUAGUAAUUCACUACUACUAAUUUAAGCUAGUAGUAAAAUUCGGGAAGAUCAUUGUUAGUAUGGUACACAGUGUACAUUUCUUAAUAAAUAUCAUUUAAGAGUAAAGUUUUCUGAAAGGGAAAGACAUUUUUUCUCUAAAUGUUUUUUAAGAUAUAACCUUCUAAGCUAAGGUAUCCUACAGAUUUAAUGUGUAAGAAUUCUUUAAAUGUUUACCAUUGGAUUAACAUUUUUUUUCUUCUAAAACCUUUUAAAUCUAUGUACUUUAAUAGUUAAGAGAAAGUAGUUUUGCAAACUCUUUGUAAAGGCUACCUUUUAGGCCUAAUAUAGGGGUAAUUUUACAAAUGUGGUUUUUGAAAACUGUAAUAUAAAAUAAACUCAUUUUAUUAGUGAC